UGCAGAGGUGACAGUAUCAGCCUGGUCCCCAACGGGGCCCUGAUCUCCGUCGCCGCUGCAGCACAUCGGCCAGCGCCCCUACUCCCGGCGAGGAUGCUUCCUCCGUCUCCGUCUCCAAAUCUACUAUACUACGGGACUGAAUCCCCAACCCGGGCGCAGAUCCGCGUUCACGCGGGGAAGAGAGGCACUUGGGUGCUCCCUGGUCAAAGAAAGAGACAACUCCGGCGAAUCUUUCUUCCCCGCUGGCGCUCACACUCGGCCACAUCCACUCCACACCUCGUCGCCGUCGACGUCGCCGUCGGCACUUAUUAGGCCGCGAGUCUGCAACCACUCGAUUCAGAGAACAAAAAGAAGAAUCUGCCCCCCUUCUCCAUUGUGCCUAUCUCUUCUUCCCGGCAAGCGUCGUGACCUCCUUGCUUACAGACGCUGUGUCACCGGCGGCAACGGGGUCCCUUGCAGACGGCGUUGGUACUUGAUACAGUGUUAUCUGUAUCCCCGUAAGAUCCGCCCGGGGAAGGACAGCAAUGGCGGCAGCGGCAGCCGUCGUCGGGGGCAUGGUUGCCUCGGGUGUCAUCAAGGUGGUGAUAAAACAGAUCGGCUCCGCCAUCGGCGGCAAGAUCAAGCUGCACAAGAACCUGAAAAGAGACCUGCAGAAGAUGCAGAUGACGCUGGAGUCGGUGGAGGCCGCGCUCAGCGACGCCGAGAGGCGGUCCAUCACCGACAGCUCGGCGCUGCUGUGGGUGAACCGGCUCAAGGCCGCCAUGUAUGACAUCUCCGACAUGCUCGACGACUUCCAAUCUGACACCCAGUCCCUGUUCGGAGCUAUGAGGAAGAGGAUCAGUAUGCCAGACAAGAUGAAAAAGAUGCAAAAGUGUCUACAGAAGAUAACAGAAGACCAUCAGAACUAUCGUCUAACGCCAGAAACUUGCACCAAUGAGCAGCAACUUCCUGAUAUCCGGGAAAAUGCAGGGACUAUGGUGGAAGCAGAAAUCAUCGGGAGGGCCGAGGAAAAACUGGAAAUCUUGGCUCGAUUGUCUGGGAGCACCAGUGAACAUACCACCUUUGUUCCCAUAUGGGGCUUUGGAGGCAUUGGAAAGUCCACCUUGGCAAGAUCGGUUUACAAUCAUCCUGAGUUUGAGAAACACUCUCGGGUAUGGAUCUAUGUUUCCCAGAUAUUUGACUUGAAAAAAAUUGGCAACACUAUAAUAUCACAACUAUCGAGACAACAGAGCCAGCAGAUACUUGAUCUGCACAGUAUUAACAUUCGCCUGCAAGAGCUACUUGCUGAGAAGAAGAAUGCUCUGAUCAUUUUGGAUGACCUGUGGGAGAAGCGUCCUUCUCAACUAGAAGAAUUAAAGUCUAUGCUGAAGCAGGGUAAGGGGUGCAAGGUGAUGGUUGUAGUUACCACACGUGAUGAAGGCAUUGCAAAUGAGAUCUCCACUGUUCAGUCUUACAACUUACCUCAAUUGUCAGAUGAGAUGUGCUGGGAAAUAAUGAGGCAAAAAAGUAAAUUUGAAACAAGAGAUGACAAAGAACGGCUGGAGCCAAUUGGAAAGGAUAUUGCAAAGAAGUGCAAAGGUGUAGCUUUAGCUGCUCAAUCACUUGGACACAUUUUGAAGUCCAAGUCUUAUGGAGAAUGGAAUUCGGUCAGAACCAAUCAUAUCUGGAAUCUAUCUACUUCUACAGAUGCAUCAUCUGGACAUGAAGUGCUUGGAUCCUUGCUGUUAAGCUACAACCUCAUGCCUCCAUACUUAAAGUUAUGCUUUGCUUAUUGUGCAAUCCUUCCAAAGGGUCGCAAAAUGAAUAAAUAUAAGUUAAUCCAUCAAUGGAUUGCUCUUGGAUUCAUGGAGCCAUCUAGUAUAUUCUCUAAUUGGCAACUCGGUGAAAGUUACAUUAUGCAGCUUCUGGAGAUGUCAAUUCUUCGACAUUCAAAG